AUGGAAGUUUUUCCGAAAUAAUGUGCAAUGUAAAUUAAAGGGUGUAAUGGAGCCGAAAUGAGCGAGAGAAGAACCAAGAUUAUGGGGUUCUUAUAAAAUCAAAAGACAAUAUUAUUAUUCAUCAAAAUGAAUAACAAAAUCUUCUCAUUUUAAAACACAAAUACUUUAGCUCAAGCAUUAACCAAUAAAAUACAUGAAUUGGAGUACCAGUCAAAAAAAGGUACCAAAUACCCUUUUGGCAACAAUGAAGACUUUGUGGGGAUAGGGUAGAUGAUUUUAGAGUUUUUUUUCUCUGAUUACUUGAUUUAAAGAGGUUAUCCAAAUAAAGAAACUUAAAUAAAAAAGUCUAGCGAUCUUGUGUUGCUGAGACAAAGAUUAUUAAGUGAAAGGAAUUUGGCUGAUAUUGCACUUAGCUAUAAGAUUGAUAAUAUCGUGCAAGUAGGAAACUAGAUCAAUUUAAAAAAAAACCCCAAAAUCCUUGCUGAAACUCUUAAAUCCAUAAUAGCUGCUUAGUAUUAUGAUUCAGGUUACGAUCUAGAUCAUUUAAGAGAAGUUGUCUAGCCUAUACUGAAAUAAGUUUUGGAUAAAGGACAAGCAGUGCCUUUGGUGGAGCUAAAAUAGAAUCCUAAAUCAGCAUUUUUGGAAUUUGUGAAUGGGUGUACGAAUUUGAAACCAAAAGUUUCUGUUGAAUGGAAGAAAGACUCUUCCUAGAAUGGAAACCCAAUCAACAUAUAUUAGGUUUAAUUGGAAUUGAAUAAUCUAUUAUUGAUUAAAAGGGAGGGAGUUAAUAAGAGAAACACUGAAUAAUUAGUUUAUAGAGAUGCUUUAAAAAGACUUAAAUAGAUUUAAUUAAACUAAUCGUAUUCAUAAGGAUCGCAAAAUUAACCAACAAAAACUUAAGAUAAAGAAUUUGCUGAAGAAAUUACUAUUUUAGAUGAGUUAGAGACUUCUAUUAUUGAGUCUAGUCAAUUUUUUUAAUUUUCUGAUCUAAGAGACUCUGAUCUAAGUUUGUUAGAAAAUUAGGGUACUUUAGGAUAAAAGGUAGAGUCCCUAUUGGAACAGUUUGCAUUAUGA